GCAGAUUCUCACAGGUGUUGCAGUGAUGAUGCUAUAUAUUGGUUUUCUCUCUCUGCUCUUUCUCACAGAUGGGGUGUACACUGAGAAAAACUGCAGUUAUCACGAUGUUUUAAACCACCUAAAGCUGAGCAGAGACAAUGAACUGUUCUCAAUGACCCGGCCCGUUAAGAACUACAAACGCCCCACACAGGUGUCCCUGGAAGUGCUGCUCUAUGCCAUACUAGAUGUGGUUGAGAAAGAUCAGAAAUUCAUUCCUUAUGUUUGGACUGUCAUGAGAUGGCACAAUGAAUACAUUUCCUGGGAUCCAAAUCAGUUUUGUGGAAUUGAUAAUGUUUCUCUUCCUACUGAAGUUUUGUGGAAGCCAGAUCUCACAAUUGAAGAAAUGACAGAGAAGGACAAAGCUCCUCCGAGUCCUUAUCUCACCAUCAAUGAUAAAGGCGAUGUUGAGGUCCAGAACGACCAGGUGCUUGUCAGCACCUGCAGGAUGCACAUUUACAAAUUCCCCUUCGACAUCCAGAGCUGCAACCUCUCCUUCAAGUCCGUCAUACACACCGCCAGGGAUAUUCGGCUCCAGGCAAGCGACAACUCUUCAGAGGCCACAGAGUGGUCUCGUGAGGUGAUGCGGACCCAGUACGAGUGGCUGUUCAUCAACAUGACAGUUACCACCAACAAUGCCAGCGAUUUGUUCGGCCAGGACAUCAUCAUUUACACUAUCACCAUGAGGAGGCGGUCUCUCCUCUACAUUGUCAACUUCUUGCUGCCUGUCCUGUUCUUCUUGUGUCUGGACUUGGCCUCCUUCCUGAUCUCAGACAGCGGGGGCGAGAAGCUCAGCUUCAAGGUCACCGUGCUGCUGGCCGUCACCGUGUUACAACUUAUUCUGAACGAAAUUCUGCCUUCCUCGUCAAACAGGAUUCCACUUAUAGCGGUCUACUGUAUUGGGAUUUUUGCUCUGAUGAUGCUGAGCCUCCUGGAGACGAUUUUGGUAAUGCAUCUGAUAGAGAAAGACUCCACUGCAUCCCAAAACAACGUGGCAAACAGAAACCAAAGUUGGAGAGAUGACUGUGACAAACAGGGCAAAGCCAACUUCCACAACAGUCAUGGAGAGGUGCCCAAAUUGACUCAGUGCAUCUAUGAUGUGUCUACUGGUGAAACUCCAUCUGAACUGCUGCUGGUAGCAAAAGAGGACGACAGCAGCAAACCGAUGGAGGAGUGUCAUGCUUUGGAAAAGAUCUCAGGCGAGCUGAGGGAGAUUGAGAAAACACUGUCUCUGCUCCUGCUGAGGAGGAGGGAGGAGGAGAGCCCCGACUACUGGACCGGAGUGGCUAAAAGAGUCCACAAAUGUUUUUUUAUUUCCUAUGUAACAGUGGUCACUCUAUUUUUAGUUAUUAUCUUUUUAAAAUGGAAUGCCUGAUGACAUGAUUAGGGGAGACUCGUGGGUACCCGUAGAUCCUGUAUUCAUUAAAAUAUCUUGAAGUCAAAGGUCAUGGGAACCUUUCCCCUUCCUCUACCCUCCUUGGUUGGUACCAGUUGAUGUGUUAGGUCUUCUAGUUUUAUAUGAUACCAGUAUCUCCACUCUAGCUUUAAAACAGAGCCCAUUACAGCCUCUGAAAGUGAGAGGAAUAGGUAAGGAUAAUGGGUUGGCCAAUCAGAUUUCAAGGGGUCCCCUUUAGGAGGAGAUAUUGGGGUGGAUGAUGGAACUGUCACACAGACGAGGGUUUGCGUCCACACUCCUCCGAGGUUAGCAAAGAGUGAUUUUGGUUGAUGUUCUAGUCACUAUGUGUGGAUGAGAUUGCCUAUUUUGGUGGAAAUUUGGUCCGUAUUACAUGAUAUGCUCUCAUAAUGAUGAGGAAAUGUAUUUGACUGAUCAGAUAUAGUCCAUCAGUAUAUUACAACUACUGAAGGACUGUUAUUUGCAUGUUCUACACGGUACUAAAUCUACAUCUAACGCAUAUGAACAUAUGACAUGGAUCUGUUUGUACUGUAAAAUGUCUCUAGCAUAUAAUAUGCACAAUCUUUAUGUAUUGUACAUGCUCUCACAGGUUGUGCAUAUUCUUGGAGGACACAUGAAAAAAUCUUUUAAUAUUUAUAUCAAGUUGUCUUCAUAGGAAAUGCAGUUCAAGUGUUUAAUGCUGUGUGGUUUAGUCUACAGUUGUAUAUACAUAUAGUGCUGGCUUUGA